AUGAGGAGUGCGCACGCCCUGGUUCUUUUCUCCCUGGUUGCCCUUUCCCGGCGCGGGGACUGCCGUAUGGCUAAUGCUGAAGAGAAGCUCAUGGACAAACUUCUGAACAAAACCCGCUACAACAAGCUUAUCCGCCCAGCCACCAGCUCCUCCGAGCUCAUCCCCAUCCGUCUGCAGCUCUCCCUGGCUCAGCUCAUCAGCGUGAAUGAGCGAGAACAGAUCAUGACCACCAACGUCUGGCUGAGACAGGAAUGGACCGAUUACCGCCUGGCCUGGGACAGCUCCCACUAUGAAGGCGUCAACAUCCUGAGGAUCCCUGCAAAGCGCCUCUGGCUGCCCGACAUCGUGCUAUAUAACAAUGCCGAUGGGACCUAUGAGGUGUCCCUCUAUACCAACGUGGUGGUGCGCUCCAACGGCAGCGUCAUGUGGCUGCCCCCUGCCAUCUACAAGAGUGCCUGCAAGAUUGAGGUGAAGCAUUUCCCCUUCGACCAGCAGAACUGCACCCUCAAGUUCCGCUCCUGGACCUACGAUCACACGGAGAUCGACAUGGUCCUCAAGUCGCCCACAGCCAGCAUGGACGACUUCACUCCCAGUGGCGAGUGGGACAUAUUGGCCCUCCCAGGGCGGAGGACGGUGAACCCGCAGGACCCCAGUUACGUGGACGUGACUUAUGACUUCAUCAUUAAGCGCAAGCCCCUCUUCUACACCAUCAACCUCAUCAUCCCCUGCGUACUCAUCACCUCGCUGGCCAUCCUCGUCUUCUACCUGCCCUCCGACUGUGGAGAGAAGAUGACGUUGUGCAUCUCGGUGCUGCUGGCUCUCACCGUCUUCCUGUUGCUCAUCUCCAAGAUUAUUGUGCCUCCCACCUCCCUGGAUGUGCCACUCAUUGGCAAAUACCUCAUGUUCACCAUGGUGCUGGUCACCUUCUCCAUCGUCACCAGUGUCUGUGUGCUCAACGUGCACCACCGAUCACCCAGCACCCACACCAUGGCGCCCUGGGUCAAGCGCUGUUUCCUACACAAGCUGCCCACCUUCCUCUUCAUGAAGCGCCCGGACAACAGCCCCACCAGGGUCCCUGAGCCCAGUCAGUUACACCUAACCAAUACCAAGGCCACCGCCACCUCCUCUGGCGUGGGCCCACCCAGCCCCUCCAACUUCUAUGGGAACUCCAUGUAUUUUGUGAAUCCUGCCUCAGCAGUUCCCAAGUCUCCAACUGGCUCCAACUCAGCGGGAAACUCCAGGGAUUUCCGGCUAAGGUCCUCGGGGAGGUACCGACAGGAUGUGCAGGAGGCCUUGGAAGGCGUCAGCUUCAUUGCCCAGCACAUGAAGAGUGAUGAUCAAGACCAGAGUGUCGUUGAGGACUGGAAGUACGUGGCCAUGGUGGUUGACCGGCUGUUCCUGUGGGUGUUCGUGUUUGUCUGUGUGCUGGGCACCGUAGGGCUCUUCCUGCCACCCUUCUUCCAGACCCACACGCCUGCCGAGGGGCCCUAGGCUGCCCGAUGUGUCCGCAGGCCUGCAUGGGUAGGGGCGAAGCUAUCUUCGCGACGGCUGCACCCGUCCAAUCGGGUCCGCUCGGGCAGCAUCCACCUGGAGCUCCAGCUCACGGAGCCCCCCACGUCUCCCGCCCAGCGGCGCGGAGUCUGUGGCCACUUCGGCUGA